AUGACGAAGAAGUUUUUUAAAAAUGUGCUAAACGAGAUUUUGGAAUUUACUCAGAGGACAGGACUUCAUUGUUUUAAGCAUAUUGGACGUGAAAAUGCACACUUGAUUGAGAGGACUUUGCCAGAAAAUGUAACUACAGAAGAACUUCUAAUUAAAUUUAGACGACUUGUAAAUUUAAUAUCAUAUAAAGAAUUCUCAGAGGAGGACAUAGAACUUCAAAAUAUAUUAGAUAUGAAUAAUAUAACGGGACACGAACUUUUAGAACAGCUUCAUCCUGAUAUAGAUGAUUUUUUGAAAUAUUGUAAUUGGAAAGGUGAAGGUGUAAGAUGCAGUGAUGUUUUUAAACGGGCGUGGACUUCUGAAGGUAUUCCUGCUAAACGAUUAAAGGUUUCUGGUUGUGGAGUUCUUACAGCUUUAAGUGUCCAUAUUGAUCCGCAUCCAGAAGAUUAUUUGGUUACUAGAUGGCCAUUAAUUGGUGCCCAUGUAAAAAUACAUGAAUCACUAUCAGUACCUGGUGACAAUGUAGCUACCAGGAUGAUAGCUGCUGGAAAGCAUGUCAGCCUUAAUUUGCUGCCAGAAAUGUAUUAUUGUACACAAGAAAUCCUUAACGCGCCAAUAAUGAAACGCAAUUGUCUUUUACCUAGCGAAAGUUACACUAAUGGAUCCAUAUUUAAUUUUUUUAUGUAUAGUUAUGAAACUUGUGCAGCCGCCUGUCGUUUGCACCUAGCUUAUGAACUUUGCGAUUGCCUACCUUAUCCAUAUAUAGGUUCAGGUAAGAUUGUGAGAGCCAAGAAGUCAAAAAGAUUUGGUGACAAACCUACAUGUGGUUGCAGACCAGAUUGUGAAUAUGUGGAUUAUCCAAUAGAGACAGCAUCAAGUACAUUGAGAGGGAAUCAUAGUGCAAAUCAAGCAGAUUUCAUAUUAAGUCAUGCUGAUGAUAAAAAAAUAGUUGUCCAUGUCGCUUAUAGAGAUGUUCUUGGAACACAAUAUAGGCUGCAGACAUAUGUAAGCUGGAAGCUCAUUUUAAUAAACGUAUCUGGAAUUCUCGGCGUCUGUACCGGAUUUUCAGUGCUAGCAGCAUUUGAAAUCUUUUAUUACCUAAGUAUAAGACGAUUAUUUAACUGUUUCGUAUCGAAUGAUAAUAAUAAUUUACCAGAACGUCAAAUUGAACCACAAAUUUUAAAUAGACGACGAUCAUAUCAAGCAUUUUAUCAAACUAGACGAAUUAUGGUGUCUACGGUUACGGAAAGCUUAGAAGCUAAGACGCCAAAAUUACGAGGAUAUCAUUAUGGAGGAAGUAGUAAUAUGAGGAUUAAAAAACAAGUGUGA